GUCACGCUUGAUAGCCUGAGGGCAAUGCUUGGUAUUGUUUCUCAAGAUACUACCCUGUUCCAGGGCACGAUUGAGGAAAAUGUUCGCUUUGCAAAGCUGGAUGCCACCCAUGAGGAAGUCAAGGAUGCAUGUAAAGCUGCCGCUAUUCAUGAUAAAAUCAUCAGUCUCCCAAAUGGUUAUGGUACCAUGGUUGGAGAUGGUGGCGAACUGCAGUGUGUCACGAUAGCACGAGUGAUUCUCAAAAACCCAAAGAUUAUACUCCUGGACGAAGCCACCAGCAGUCUAGACAGCGAGACCGAAUCAUGUGUGCAACAAGGAUUGAAGCAGCUCUGUGCUGGUCGGAUCAUGAUUGUUAUUGCGCAUCGCCUAUCUAAUGUGAUGGAUGCGGAUCAGAUUCUUGUAGUGAAGGAUGGGAGUGUUGUGGAGAGGGGAACACAUCCAUAUCUUCUGAACCGCAAGGGAUAUUAUUAUAGUCUGUGCGAACUGCAAGGCCUUGUUAUGAUUGACAAAGAUGAAGAACGAAGAAUCAUUGGCUAG